GAAAGGAGAGGGGGGUGGGGGGUUGAUGAGAUGCUCGUUUCAGCACCGCGGACAGCUCCAGCAGCAGCGGGUCGCUUUUCUCCGCUGCUCUGGGAAAAAAAACAUCCAGACUGAGAUUAUUAUUUAUUUUACAUCUCUCGAAGACAGCAAAUAAGAUGUGUUUUUUCUAAGGCGGGGUUUUUGUGUUUAAUUCAGUCCGGAACAUGCGACAUAUUUGUAGUGGCAGGCUUACAGACAAAACCACAGGACUCCCGAGGAUUGCUUGUGCAAUCUCUGCGAAGUUUUUCGCCACUGAAAGGCAUUCAGCCUCCUCCUCCUCCUCCUCCUCCUCCCGCUGGUCUGCACAGCCUGCAAAAAUCUGAAGGUGUUCAGGGAGAAAGUUGAAGAGAAAACUAAAGUGACAACACCGUUUCAGCACCUUCUUCUGUUUGGACUAUAUCCUAAAAUAAGUUGUGGACUUGUGGUUGUGGGCAGAAGGAUUUCUAUUUGUUGGAUAAAACUCCAAGAAGCGAAAAGGCGAGCAAGACAAGUUUAUUUUCCAUUCGGUGCUAAAGGCUUCUUCUUCCAGCCUCGAACCACCCCCUCUUCCCUCCCCUCCACCACCACCCCCUGUAAUGGUCUUACAUUAGCCACUGAUGCAAGCCUUUUAUGCGCCCGGAUACAUUUCUCCUCUCCCGCAGCACUGAUUCUUUCCAUCUCAGUCUUUUUUUGUAAAUGUAAUAUUCACAGAGGGACGCCCCGGACUGCUAUCCCCCCCCCCCCCCCCCUUACCCGCUUUCACAUUUUCGACAACUGCUAAAGACUGGUAGGUGAUAACGACCAUGGAUCGAUGAAAAAUGCUCAUCCACGUUGUUGUGAGAUGAAGUUGGAGCCCCCUGCGUAAACGCAGAAUAACCGAUGACACAGCUUAGCAACUUUUGACACUGAUCAUCGUUUUUUUUUCUUUCUUUCUUUCUUUUUCGAGACUUGCUGUAGAAAUAGGUGUGUAGCCUGUGUGUAGCUGUUUCAUGACGGAAACGAUGGCGCUGAGUGGUAACUGUAGGACUAACCCCAAAGAGCAAGCAUCAGUUCAGAACAGUUUCCCAGAUGUGGUUGAAUUAAACGUAGGGGGGCAGGUAUACUACACGCGUCACUCAACUUUGGUGAGCACCCCGAGUUCAUUACUCGGUAAGCUAUUCUCUUCUAAAAAAGACGCAUCAAAUGAUUUGGCGAGAGACCCGAAGGGCCGGUAUUUCAUCGACAGAGACGGGUUUUUGUUCCGGUAUGUGUUGGACUACCUCCGAGACAAGCAAGUCGUCCUCCCGGAUCACUUCCCGGAGAAAGGGAGGCUCAGGAAAGAGGCGGAAUACUUCCAGCUGCCCGAUUUAGUGAAGCUCCUGACCCCAGAUGAUCUGAAGCACAGCCCGGACGACUACUUCCACAGCGACUAUGAAGACGGGUCCCAGGGCAGCGACCACCGGCAGUGUCCGCCGCCGUCCCUCGUCCCCGCGGACAGAAAGAGCGGCUUCAUCACGGUUGGAUACCGGGGGUCGUGCACCAUGGGCCGAGAGAGUCAGACCGACGCAAAGUUCAGGAGGGUACCUCGGAUACUGAUAUGCGGGCGGGUGGCCCUCGCCAAAGAAGUUUUCGAGGAGACCCUGAACGAGAGCCGGGACCCGGACAGGACCCCGGAUCGUUACACCUCCCGGUUUUACCUCAAAUUCAAGCACCUGGAGAGGGCUUUUGACAUGCUGUCGGAGUGUGGUUUCCAAAUGGUGGCCUGCAACUCGUCGGUCACAGCCUCGUUUGUCAACCAGCACACAGAGGACAAGAUCUGGUCCAGCUACACAGAAUACGUAUUCUACCGUGGUCCGUCACGUUGGUCCUCCCCUCCAUGUGACUGCUGCUGCAAGAACCACAAGGGCGAUGGCGAGGGCGAGAGUGGCACCUCCUUCAACGAGCUCUCCACCUCCAGCUCUGAGAGCCAGUCAGAAGCCAGCUCUCCCCAGGGAACUGUCAUCUGUGGCCCGGUCAGCCGCCAAUCACACCCCCACGCCAACGUCCAAACCCUGGACAGGCCAUUGAAAAAGGGCGCCAUCGCAAUGCUCCAGCAGUCCGAACAGCGGCGGAAGAGUGACCUGCUGCGCACGCUUACAGCGAGCUCCCGCGACACCAGCACCUGCAAGAAAAGACCGGCGAAAGAGAAGCUGACGGUUGAGGAGGAGCUGGAAAAGUGCAUUCAAGACUUCCGUAAGAUCAAGAUCCCAGAGAGGUUCCCUGAGAGGAAGUACAUGUGGCAGGCCGACCUGCUGAGAAAAUACCGCCUUUGAGCCAGGAAACAGGACAGAGAGAGCAGACACACGAGGCCAAGGAUCAGUUUACAGGUUUUUUGAUCAUGACUUUUGCAGCAAAAGAGAGAUAACACUAAACUCAUUUGAGUCCAGUUUAUAGGGGGAAACUUCACCUUUAUGCCAUGUAGGUUGAGAGUCUACACAGAAGCUAGUAAGAAGCAUACAAACCAGACUCUUCUCUUAUGACAUAUGUAGUAUGUAUGUGUGUGUAUGUAGUUUAGGACUACUGUAUGUACUGUAAGUAUGUGCUGUACCUUGCUGAAUGCUUCAGAUCUUUGAAUAAUUUAUCCCUGAGGACCAAUCCAGGUGGACAAAAGACAUCCUCUGUGAACCCAUCAACCAACCGAAAGAUUGCUAAUGGCUACACUUGGGGUUACUGAGGGUUACUGGACUGCACACACUGUCAUCUGUCAUCAUUUCACUGAAAAACCACAAAGACAAACACUGAUUUAGUAUGUGAAUGUGUGUGUUUGUGUGUGUGUUCGCACCCAGGUGGCCUAGAGGUCACAGAUAAAUCUGCAUCAGGACCCAUUAAUAAUUCAUGCUGUCCCGACAGUGCUCUCACUAUAAAUACAUCUAGAGCUCUCUGCUGCCAGGGUGGCGUAAACAGCCAGGUCGAUAACUUAACUUUUAGGAAACAUUUGGGGACUUCUGAAGCAGGAGGAGGUACAAUUUCAUCAGAACCACAAUUAAUUUUCUUCUUGUAAUAUCAGUUAUAUUGUAAACGUAUCCCAAGUGAAUCUAACUGCCCUGCAUUGCAUUGAUUUUUUAUCAUGUUGGCUAGAUGUGGAGCACUACCCAGGUUACUCUGUGAAGGAAAAGAAUGAUUUGAUGAUCAGACCAUGAGGAAAUACAGAGCUUCAAAAAAGAAAAGUCCACAUUUAACACACCUUCACACACACUUAUAAUGGGAGAUUUUGCCAAUUGCAUUAAUAGAAUGAACAGAACAUGACACUUGUAAAUAUUCAUUCCCACAUACAAUCACACAGAACAAUCAAUCUUGAUGUUAUUUAAAUUGUGCUCAAUUUAACACCUACAGUAAACACAUACAGACCUUUUGCUAUUUAAGUUAACCCUGUCAACACAUAGAUUGAUGCUUUCUACCCUGACUGUUGACAUAGUAAUCAAUAAUUAUUGGUCUGGUGAUAGAGCUGAUAGACGUGAUUCAUGUUUACAGUUAUUAACAAAGCCCCUGUAUUACUGACAAAGACAAACUGUUCAUGUGUUUGAUGAAAAUUAGCCAUUCUUCAUGUAUUCAUUUAUAUACUCCUGGCUCUGUCAAAGUCAAUGGGAUGUAUUGUGAUGUGGUUACAAAAACAAAGAUGGCGGACAGCUGUUUUUAAAAGAGCACAAUUCAAGAACAAUUUUGUUUACAUAGUGGGUUGUUAUGAGUUAAGACUCUUAAUGGAUGACAUGUUACUGACAGCAUGAUGUAGAAUUUAUUUCAAUGUGCAAAGUAAAUUUUUGACCACAGCAAAUGAGAAAAAAAGCACACAGACAUUCAGUGAUGUUGUAAACAUAAAACAUUUCUUUGAUGAGUUGAUGGUAAUCCAGAUGAUAAAUGCUAUUCAUUCAUUUAACACAAUCAUUGUCAGAUUAGUUUUUUAUUUUAACAGGUAGUGUUAUUAACAUCACAUAUUCUGUUUUAGGAGAGACGUAUAUAAAAAAAGGAAGGAUUUAAAUGAAAAUUAGAGUUCCAGAUGUUAAAAUCUUGUAUUGGUACAAAAGAAAAUAACUUAUAUGCUCAAUGUACGAGACAAAUUUGAUAAGGUUUAGUUUAGGUAUUCACAAGAGGAAGUAGAUGGUACGACUGAUAAAGAGCUGCUUGCAGUGACAUAUGUUUCUUGUUCAUAGAUUCAGGUAAAAAACAAGGUAUUUAUGAAUAGUGUGACAGAGAGCUGUGAUGAAAGAUUUAGUUUGGGUUAGGAAGUUAAAGAUAUUGAUGAAAUAACUAUAGAUGAAGUUCAGAAUUACCUUCUUGGUAGUAGAAAGACAAUAAAAACAGAGGAGACAAAGCAAUUUCACAGAGGAACUUGAUUAAAACUUCUCAUUAUAUGUUAUUGCAGCCUAUGAAACUGCAGAGGAGUGGGCUUUAUAAACAAUCAUAGCUUUUACAAAGCACAAAGUAUAAAGUUGAAUUAAGAGCACACAAAUAGGAUAUGCAUAGUAUGAAUUUAUUCAAAGAUCAGUUUAUUUAAAAAUAACCCUAUGUUAAUAGAAAUUAACAAGUAAACAAAUAUGUUCUAUUAUACUUAUUUUUCUAUCUAAAGGCCUUUAAAUUAAUAGAUUAUCAAAUGCCCUUAUGUUGCCCAUAAAAUGUAUUUCAUGUAAGAGAAGUGAUUCAUGGGUAGUAAGAAAUUUCUAGUUAUAUACAGUGGUGCCCAUAUGUCUUCUGUGGUUUAUUAUAGUAUAAAGUAAUUCGGUUGCAAUAGGUGCUAGAUAAAAAAACCAACCAUUUUCCUCAUGUCGAUACUAUGAAUAUGACUUAUUUUUCUACAUUGCUGGAAUAUUACAUUUUCAUUUUAAAAUCAUUUAUCUUAUCAGUUGAAGUUGUUAUAUGUUAAUCCAGACUACAUAUCAUAUGUAAAUAAACAUCAUAAAUCAUACCUAACCAGAAUAAUGUAUUAUACUCUCUGUAUAUAACACACAAAUCCAUGAGGUGUGGCUGCUCCGCUGUUCUUAGUGAUGCAGUAGAAUGACGCUAAUGUAAUACAGCCAUUCUUGUUUUAUCAUUUAGAGUGUUGGGCCAUCAGGGACGAGGGAAAAUAUAAUACACACCUAUAACAUAUAUAUUUACCACUAUAACAAAUGAUAAGCUACUCGCUUUUCAAGACAACAGUGUCAUAAACAGAUUGUCAGCACAUUCGUCUGACAGUGCCACAGAGGCACUGACAUUUCAGCGAUGCUGAAUUUCAAUCAAUAGAUCUGAAAACAUGUUAAGGCCUUAAAAAACAAACAACCAAAAAACAAAAAGGAAUGUUUGUUCAAAACUCAAAAGGUACAAGCUGUUCAGCUGUAACCCUGAAGCUUUGUUACCGUACAGUGCAGUCAGAAAGUGUUAGGACAGUGAUAUGUUUUUUGUUUCGGCUCUGUUCUCCAGGACAUUGGCGUUGAAAUGAAACAAUGACUAUGAGGCAAAAGUGCUGACUUUCAGCUUCUAACUUCUGUUUACAUCCAUUUUGGGUGAACAGGCAAGGCAACAAAGCUUUGUUGACUGAUCAAGUCAGUCACUUCACCUCAAUCUAACUGUGUCCAUGUGUUUUACUGCUGAAUACCAGACUGAAUGCAAAAAGCCGAUAAAACCAGCAUGAAGGGACAGCUGCAGUAUAGGCCUGACAGAUUGGGCAGCAUUGACUAAAAAGGAUUUGCAACCAAAUAUUGAAUAAGACAACUUAAUUUGGGUGCGACAUUUCAGCAUUUCCCAACCUGUUAUCCCCUGUGAAUGUAAACAUUCUCAAGUUAAAGCUGAGAAUUAGUCAGCUUGUUUCAUUUCAAAUCUCUGUGCUAGAAUAGAAAGAGCCAACACACACCAAACUGACUGCACUAUAUAUACAUCUUUGUACAGGUAUUGUAUUCCUUGUUAGUUUUCCUGGUCUGAACCAAAGGAAAAAAUUUAUUUUCACAGAUUUCUGUUGGAUUACAUGCAGUACAGUAGGUUCACACCGACCAGUUACAAACAAUGAGGGCUUAUGAUUAAAAUUCACAUGUCUGCAGCUUAUAAAUACAGGAGGAAAUAGCUUGGUUUUGAGCGUUAGGCCAGACAGUAGUUUGCCUCUGGUUGCUUUCUGCUUGGUUAAGCUUUCUGAGAACAGAUACUGUAUCAAGAUUUUUCAGUUGCUGGUACAAUUAUUAUAUGGCCAAAUUAUACAAACACAGUAAACCAUUUGAAUAAACUGGUGCACACAUGAUUCAUGUGAAAGGGAACAGUCUCUGAUUGCCGAGAGAGAACAGUUAUUUUUGACAUCUGCAGUAGUUAGCCUUGUGCUGUUCAUAUUCAGCCCUGUUUAACCAUGAAAGCAAGCUAAAAAAAAAAAAUGUGUUGAGUUUGUAUACCUUGAGAUAAUUCAAAAACAAGGUUGAUCAGUUACAGAAAUGAGAGCAUUCUCAAACAGAUUUGUCAUGAGACGGGAUUAGAAAUGCUGUUGACCAGACACAGAGUGAAAAUGAAUAUCAAGACACCUGGUGGCCUUCUAGAUUAGACGACAGCUGUUUUUGCACAAUGUAUAAAGUUAACUAAGAAACACAAACAAAAAAGUAUUUGAAAAAGAGAUAAAUAUGUUAAUAUUCACCUUACAUGCACACACAGCCACAGAUAAUGUGUCUGUCAUGAGAGAGAAAGAUUAUAGAUCAUUCACAUUCAGAGCACGUGAGAUGAUGUUUAGUUCUUUGGGCCUGAAAAGAACAACAGAUGAUGUAAAUCUUAUUGAUAAAUGACUGAAAUUUUGUUUUAAGUCAAAUGUGAUGUAUGAAAAUGAAGAGAGACUGUGAACUAAUGUUGAAUUUGUCAGUUGUUGUUUUGGAGUGCCCGACUACUGUCUGUGAUUUUCUUUCCUUAAGUUAUCGUCAUGCCCUGCUAGUGAAGCCUGUGUACAUGACUCCAGGCCCUCUUUAUUUUCCUCCUGCCUUUGAUGAGCCUGCGAACCACAAAGAAAAUCACAUUAUCCUGAUACCACCAUGGUAGAUCUGGCACAUACUGUUCAAAACAAAAGGGCGUCUGUUUUGAUUAUUGUUGUUCUGACACUAAUAAGAAAAAGAAAAAAUGGUUCAGAAACAUUGUGAGCAUGUUGGUAUACAAAACGUAUAAACAGAUUUAAACUUAGUCUGUUCUUGUGAAAAAGAUUAUGUCAAACUGAUAUUUAACAGAAAAAAGAAAACUUGCAAAAAAAGAAAAAAAAAGAUAAGCACAAAUGUGUUGAUAGUGUCUGCUGUUCCUCCACAAGUGUAUAACAUUAUCAAAUAAAAAGUCAACUCUGCAGUGUGACUGAGCUCCUGCAAGACAGAGUGAUUCUCACCAAGGGCAUAUCAAUAUAGUUCAUGAAAAUACUUGUUUCACCAUGUAUCAUUCAGAAAAUAUGAAGUACUACCUUGGCGAUUCUGGAAUUAUAUAAAGACCUGUGUGUCAAAGUUUUUUUGAUCUUAAACUUACUUUCAGAAAUGAAACUGAGUGUUAUUUGUCAACAGCCAAACAUCCAUGGUGAGAGUUGCCCUGUAUUCCAGGUGUUGCUACGUCAGCCUUUAGAGACAGUACAAUUCAUCUGAGAGUCUUUAGAUACGAAGCAUAUAGUAAUUUUGAAAAUGUAUGACAACAACCAAUAAACAAGACAUUCUGUA